UAAAAUAUUAAUAUUAUGAAGUUUAGAUAUUAAGUUGAGAAACUUUAUUGAUAAAGGUGCUCUAAUGUAGUUACAUUAUUUUAGUUAAUAAUCGUGAUAUGGUGUAAUAUAGAUUCUAGGAUUAAUCAGAUUUUUAACGGAAAAAAAAACCAGUUGUUGAAAAGUUCUUCAGUAUGACGCAACAUCUUUGUUAUGAAAUUUUAAAGAAGAAACCCUAAAUAUGUCAAUGUUCUUUCAUAGGCAAAAUGAGAUUUUUGAGUUUCUCGAACAUAAAAGUCCAAUUGUUCCUACGUCACAAUAGAACUCAUUAACUAGUUUGAGUAAUAAAAAGUCAUCUCAAUAUAUUAUUAAGAAUAAGAAAAUAAUUACAGAAUUAAACACGAAAACAAAAAAUAAAACAAAGAAGCCAAGAGGCCCAUUAGGGUUCAAAAUAAAGAACUUAGACUAUGGCCUUGAUUGUAAGGAGUAGUUGUUUUAUCUACUAUAUAUGAUAGGGUAAGCGAUAGAACAUAAAUGAACGUUAUCUAUAUUUUUUAACAAUGAAGUAAAAAGCCUACAAUAUAUGUUGUACCUUAUAAUAGUAAAGAGGUUUGGUUAGAACUGAGAUACACAUAUUCUAUAUUUAGAUAUAUCAUAGAGAAUACUUUAAAAUAUUAAUUAUAUCAUUUAUAAAACGUAGAUGCUAGAUCAAUUAGAAUGUUUAUUUAAUCUUUGUAAAAAUUUAUAAUAUGCAAUCUAGCAAAUCAAGAUCAAGAUAUCCAAAUUGUUUUUGGAAUUCAAUUUGUGUAUUCCAAAAUUGUAAAAUAUUAAAAUGAUCAUAUUGAUUUUCCAUAUUUUUUUAUUUAUAUUUAGUUUUAAUAAUUUUUUGGUAUUAUGAAGAUAAUUAUUUUAGAACUGUAUACUAAAUCAAAAGUAUAAAGUGACAAAAACAUUCUCAUUAUGGCCUAUUUUGCAGAUUUCUCAUUUAUAAAAAGGUUAAAAAACAGACUAAAACUUGUUCUUCACUAAAAAACUUAAAUUCUUAAUAAUGGUAACUUUAUAUUUUAUACAAAAAGACAAACAGAAAAGAGACUACAAUUCAGUGUGUCCUAAUUUGUGAAUAUAUAUUGCCUAAAUGAUUCAUUGACUAUAUUACUUCCAUUUACAAAAGCAAAACACAAAAACAUAUCCAAAGCUUCCUUUUACCAUGAAAUCAUCUAUAUAAAGAUCAUUUCUACUGAAGAAAUAAUUUCUCAUUCCAAGAAAAAUAUUAAAAAUGUCAGAGUCCCCAAAUAAGAAGAUCAAAUGCAUUGACGAGCUGCCUGAAGAUCUCACUGUAGAGCUGCCUGAACAUCUGGUGGAGUACAUCAUAUCAACGUAUCUCCCCAUCCAAUAUGUUCUACAAAACCGGGUUGUGUCCAAAACAUUCAGGGAAGCAGCGAUUCGACCCCGAGACCUUGAUUUCGGCAGGAUAUACUCCAGGAGACGUAGUCAAUCAGAGGUUGUACGUAUAAUUGAAGAGAUUUUUAAUCAACACAAAGGAUCAGAAAUCAACCGAUUUGUUCUGAUUCUCAAUCAUAUUGGCGUAGAGGAUAACGUACUCUCGUGGGUAAAAACAUGCCUAAGUAAAAAAAUUCAAGAGCUGACGUUAAACUUCUCCAAAUCCAAUAAAGUUAUGGAUCUCUCUGUUGAUUUCCCGGCCAUCGAGACACUAACUGUCUUGAAGCUAAGGUGGUGUAAAUUCGAAAUACCGAAUAAUACCCCAAAGGGUUUAAGACUCUUGAGGACACUUGCGCUCAUGAAGUCCAAGGUAACACCAGAGAUGAUAGAUGCAAUAUUCAGCAACUGCAUUCACCUCGAGACGCUUGAACUAACCAGAUGCAUAACGCAUGGGGUAUUGAGCAUCAAUGCUCAUAAUCAUAAGAAGUUCAAGGAACUGGUCCUGUAUUGUAUGCCUAAUCGCUUGCAAAUCAUUUUAGAUGCACCUACUCUUGAAUGCUACAAGUGUGAAGGAUUUGUUAGGAUUCUUGACUUUUCAAGUGUGGACGCACUUAAGGAGGCGAAACUCCAUUAUAUCCAAAAUUACAAUUGGCGUUAUUACGAUUCGUCUAAUAUGGUGCUUGCUAACAUGGUGGCCUAUACAGGAGUUCAUGUCCUCUCAACGACAAAUAUCUUUCUUGAGGCAUUCAAGGAAAGAUACAUAGAGGGAGAAAUGAGAAGCCCGAUUUUCAAAUUUUUGAACUUGAAAGAAUUCUAUAUUCUUUUUAAAGCUCCAAACUUGUGUACUCUUUAUCACAUUACUGAAUUCCUCAAAAGAUCCCCUAAGGUCGAAAAGGUUUUGAUCGAUAUUAAGAAGUUCACAUUUGAACCUGGUACGCUUUGGAUAAUUCAUCAAAAGUCAUAUAUGGAGAGCAGCAACUACGAGUUUAACUCUAUCAAGGAAGUAACGAUUGAUGGCUAUAAAAACCAUUGCCAUGAGCUUGAUAUAGUGGAGUUCUUUUGCGGGCAUGCAAAAUCGCUAAAGAAGUUGAAGUUGAUCAUGCCAAAAAACGUUAAGAAAAGAGCUCGCGGACUCGAUUAUGCUAGGUUGGAUUACAUACGAAGCAGAUUUCCAGGUGUUAAAGUGGAAGUUUAAAUGCAGGAUAUGACCAAGCAUGGCAAACUAUAAUAGCUCUUUUGAUGUGUUUUUAAUAAAAAAUAAUUUAAUGUUAUUCUCUAAGAUUUGAACUCUUUUGUUUUUAGUUUUGGUAUUGUUUAAAGAGUUAUUUUUGGGUUCACCCCCAAUAGAAUUUCAUUAUUUCAAAUUUGAUAUCUUAUAGAAGAGGAAACAAAAUAUUGUCAAGUUACAUUAUAUUUUUAAAAUAAAAUGGUAAAAAAAAAUAGUAGUUACAGAAAAUAGAAUUUUAUUUUUAACGUCCUCAGCACAAUACUAAAACCUAAAUCUUAAUCCCUAAACUUUAACUCCUAAACCCUAAACCCUUGGAUAAAUCAUAAACUCUA